UCUUUUCUUUUUUCAGCGCCAGGCUUUCCUAUAUCGUAAGUUGCUGGAACUGGAGUCCAGGUUUCCAAAUAUUCGCCUUGGUAGGACACGCUUUGCUACCAUCUGGGGCGGUGCGUCUUUGCUGAAUAUGUUAAUUCAAUGCAUGGAGGAUCUAUUGGAUUCUAAAUGGCGAUGGGAUUUUGUCAUAAACCUCAGCGAAAGUGAUUUCCCCGUCAAAACUAUAGAUAAACUUGUAACUUUUCUAACUGCGAACAAAGGUCACAAUUUCGUGAAAAGUCAUGGACGCGAAACUCAACGAUUUGUACAGAAACAAGGAUUAGAUAAGACAUUCGUCGAAUGCGACAAUCAUAUGUGGCGCAUAGGCGACAGACAGUUACCCAAUGGUAUACAAAUCGAUGGUGGAAGUGAUUGGGUAGCACUGUCACUACCGUUCGUACAGUAUGUAAUAUCAGAGUCUCUGCGUGACCCUCUGCUGCAAGGUCUUUUGACGAUUUUCCAUCAUACAUUGCUGCCAGCGGAAUCUUUUUUUCACACUGUCCUGCGUAAUUCGCGUUUUUGUAACACGUACAUAGAUAACAACCUUCAUGUUACUAAUUGGAAACGUAAACUUGGCUGCAAAUGCCAGUAUAAACAUGUGGUCGAUUGGUGCGGCUGUAGUCCAAACGAUUUUAAACCGGAAGAUUGGCCUCGGCUCCAGGGUACUGAAAACAAAAUGCUCUUUUUUGCACGAAAAUUCGAGCCAAUAAUAAAUCAAGCUGUGCUAUUUCAAUUAGAAGAGUGGCUUUUCGGACCUCACGGCAAGGAGGUAGUUAAUUUGCAUAGUUAUUGGCAGUCAUUCUACGAUUCAGUAGAUCCACCGACAUCGGCGGACGAUAUUGUGCGAACCAUAGGUGAUAGCUUGGUUCGUAUAGUAGCGCAUAAGGCACAAGUAGAGCCUGGUCAACCCUUGGAGUUAACGCACUACUUACAUAAAGAUGAAUAUAAGGGUUUCCUGAUAAGUUACCAACUUUCGGAUAGUUUGCAUAAUCGCACGCUUGCUCUUGAAACUCGAAUUAGACCAGCGGUGUACGUGAAGUACGCGAAAAAUUCAAAAUUGGAGAAAAAACUCCGUAAUUUCGAAGUUGCGUCUGAUUUUGAUCUGAAGGAACAAGUGUCUCGUAAUUUCGCUAAAAUGCUUGGCCCUUUCUCCGAGCCUGUGCUAAGCUUUACACUGGCCGGUACUGCGUCGGCAGCGCAAGAUGAUGCUGCACAUUCGUAUAAUCUAACGCUGCUAUGGAUUGACCCCGUUGGCCGAUUGCAGGAUUUCAACGAACUGCACAUAGAAGACUCACAGGCGGACGCAAUAAAUUACUCGAAAGCUGUUCUGAAACAUCCAAUAAUGCCAGGCAUAUGGACAACCAAGUUAAUCGGUCGCACCGCUAUAUAUGCCCAAACUAAAUUUCUUGUAGUUCCAUUAGCUGUAGCAGCUGGUAAGCCUAUCAAGCCAGAGAGAGCAAGGAUAGUGAAUGGUGGUUCUGAGCCAUCAUUAGCCGGAACUUUUGAAAUACCAGCCGAAUGGCGUCAGUAUUUGCCAACACCCUUGGACGAUCAGCGACUUAAUAAUGAAUUCAAAAAGGCCCAACGAAGUGGGAAGGACCUCAAAACUUGGGUGGACGAUCUGGUGGUUAAAUUCUUCUUCUUGCGUGAAACGUGUGCAGUGGAAGAGAAUGCGCUACAAAUGAAACUCUCAGCACAUGAGGCGUUGCAUUUAUGUCGGGGGACACCUUGGAGCUCUCUGGCACCCGAUCCAAAAAGUGAUGUUUAUGCUUUGCUCAAAAGUUGAUGAAAG